CUUCCACUGUCACUGCACAGGACAGGGACCCCGACACCCUGUGGCCAAGUUGAGAGGCUGAAGGGCUACAGAAGAUCUAGAGAAGAGCCCAGCAAAGACAUGAUAUUUCCAGGGAAAUGUCAGAGUGUUCAGAGGGCUACCUGGGAUGUCUUCAAAUUGUGGGUCUGGACAGUGCUCUGCUGUGAUUUCCUUGCUCAUCAUGGUACUGACUGCUGGACUUACCAUUAUUCGAAUAAGCCGAUGAACUGGGAAAAUGCUAGAAGCUUUUGCAAAAAUUAUUACACAGACAUGGUUGCCAUACAAAACAAAGAAGAAAUUGAGUACCUGAACAGGGAGAUUCCUGCCAGUCAGAAUUACUACUGGAUAGGAAUCCGGAAAAUAAAAAACCUCUGGACCUGGGUGGGAACCAACAAGACUCUCACUAAAGAAGCAGAGAACUGGGGACGUGGGGAGCCCAACAACAAGAAGUCAAAAGAGGACUGUGUGGAGAUAUAUAUCAAGAGGGAAAAAGACGCAGGAAAAUGGAAUGAUGAUGCCUGCCAUAAAGCCAAGAGGGCCCUCUGUUAUACAGCUUCUUGCCAUCCCUUAUCAUGCAGUGACCAUGGAGACUGUGUGGAAACCAUCAAUAAUUACACCUGCGACUGCAAUAUGGGUUACUAUGGCCCCCAAUGUCAGUUUGUGAUUCAGUGUGAACCUUUGGAGGUCCCAGAGCUGGGAAACAUGACCUGUACUCAUCCUUUGGGAGACUUCAGCUUCAGCUCACAGUGUGCCUUCAACUGCUUUGAGGGAACAGACAUGAUUGGGAUUGAAGAAACCACCUGUGGACCAUUUGGGAACUGGUCAUCGCUGGAACCAACCUGUCACUUAAUUCAGUGUGAUCCUCUAACUGCACCUGAUUUGGGGACUAUGGACUGUACUGACCCAUUUGGUAAAUUCAGCUUAACUUCUGUGUGUACCUUCAACUGCUCAGAAGGAACUGCAUUAAUUGGGGAGAAGAAAACUACUUGUAGAUCACCUGGAAUCUGGUCCAACCCCAGUCCCAUAUGUCAAAAAUUGAACAGGAGCUUCACAAUGAUCAAAGGAGGUGACUACAAGCCCCUCUUUAUUCCAGUGGCAGUCAUUGUUACUGCAUUCUCUGGACUGGCAUUCAUCAUAUGGCUGGCGAGGCGAUUAAAAAAAGGCAAAAAGUCACAGAGAAGCAAGGAUGACCCAUAUUAAUCCACCCUGUGUUAAAGAAAAGUCUUGGGAUACUAAAAUGUCAAUGAAGCAAUCCUUCAAGUACAUCCAUGAAAAGUUUUGCAUGGUGAUGUCUCCCUUAUUGAAGAUGAUGUGUGUUUCUUUCUGCGCCUGUGAAAAGACUUCUACACAACCAGAAACUGAUCCUGCUUCCAUGUUGCAGAUCAUAUUCUGCACCUUACCUCCCAGUAUACUAGAGAGGGUGCAAGUUUAGAGACGGUUUGUAAAUUCAGUGUUAUCUUUGUUUUCCAAUGCCAGCAAAGUAAUGGAGUUCUGCUCAUGUUGUUGAAAUUCCCAUUUGCAUUGUAGUCCCUCUUGCUGUAAGUAAAGGCCACCCUAUUUAGUAACCUCCAAUCUCUCCACCUUCUUCAUCUAACUUUGCUUCUCAAUUAACUCAUUUCCACACAGAACAUCUUGUGAGAAUCAUACAAAAGGAGAUGAAAGAAAGCUACUAGCACUACUUUUUCAGUUUUACAUUUUGCUGUCUCUUUUCAUUAGAUCUACUUAGAUUUUUUUUUUAUAUUUGAUGCUUUUUAAUUUAAUGACUGCUAUAUUGUUAAUAAAAAAACAACAUCCUGGAUGCAGCUAGCAUUCCAUCUCUUUGAUAUUAUACGAAAGAGUUAAAACAUGGAGAGAUUCCUUGGCUUUCACUAGAAUGCUCCCCUCUUCCUCCCCCCCCCCACCUCUAAUUCAUCUACUUGGAAUAGUUUCUAACUAUUCUUUACAAUACAUCUCAGGCAUACCCAACCCUUAAUACUUCUUUAUAACUAAUCCUAGUUACAACUAGUCUAACCAAUGGUAGUCUCAAGUUUCUGGGCACCUACUGUAAAAUUAGUAUAUAACACACACAUAUUUUUACAUUUCAAUAUAGGCUAGAUUUAAAAAAAAAACAACUGCUACCCAGUUUGCUAUUUUAAAAAUCAUUACAUAUUUGGCAUUUUCCUCAAUGAAAUUCUAUCCUUUUUAAGGCAGAGAGGAUGCCACAAUCCUAGAAUGUGUAAUUCAUUUGACACCUAUAAUCAAAUAAAUUUUUAAAGUAUCCAAUGUACUACUGAUAUACGUUGCAACAAAUGUGCACUUUCCAUGACAUGUGAUGACCUGAACAGAUACAUAACUAAUAUGUAUCCUCCUUAAAAACUAAGCCCCUGUGUAAAAACUUCUUUGCUCCAUGGCCAAUACAACUUUCAUAUAUAAGCUGUAUGAAACAACAAGAAUUUUGUUCAUGUUAUGGGCAUGAAUUUUUGGUAAAGUUUACAUUUCCUUUCUCAAGUUUAUCUCAUCUUCUGUAUUACAACAGGGCUAUAGCAAAAUGCUCUCUACACUCUGAUCACUAUAAAUCUAUGAGGUGCCAUUUACAUUCAUGUCAUUUAUGAUGCAUCCUUUAGAAUUGUGCAGUGCACAAUCUGUAGAGAUGUGCACAGCAAUCCUGAUUGCAAUAGCUUAUUCAACUAAGCUGGCAAUAACAAAGAACCCAUGUGGUGUUCACAUCUUGGGAAUAAUGUGUCUAGAUUCGAAAACACAGUCAGUCCUAUACUCAAGCCCCAGGGCCUGAAUCAUGUGAUCUGAGGAUUCACGUCAAGCUAUCUCCCUUAAAUAAAGAUUCAUAAGAUAAAUUUCUCCAAAAACCUUGUGUUUAACUUUUCUGAGACUUCUUUUCCUUGUCUAUAAAAUAAGCAUGAAAUACAUCUUGUUUACCUUACAAGGUUAUUGCAAUGAUUGAAUCAGUAUGAAUAUGCUUUGUGAACUGAACCUUAAAUGUAGAUUUCUUUUUUCACCCACAUCUUGCUUUUCAUGCUUCUUGGUAUAGGAAUCAAUAUCUCAUACGAGGACUUGUGCAGGUUAGAGCCACUUCCCUGAGAUUAGAAACUAGAGUGUCCUUCACUUGUGUUCAAAUUGAAACCUGAAACCUGAUGCUCAGAUUUUCUCUGCAGAAGAUCACUUCUGUGCUGCCAUCUGCACCCUUGAUGUGGUGAUGUGAAAAGGCAUGGACUGAGCCACCAUCAGACUCACCAUUUGGAAUCCUGUUUCUACCUCUGUGGUUUGAUACUAUAAGUCAUAAAUGUAUCUGAAUUUCAGAUUGAUUGAUAAAAUGGGAUAUCAUCAUUUUCCCACACAGUUGUGCUCUAGAUUAAGUAAAAUAAGUCCCUUUACCCCAGAACCCAGAAUACCAGCUUCAUGAAAUCAACAAAGGAUAUGGAAUUAUCCAAUCUUCUGUAUUUGUUCACUAGAGUUACAUAGUCCUGGGUUAUAUUAUUUUAGUUUUGUACAGAAAUAGUUAAUCAACUUAAGAUUCAAUUGUAUGACCUUAACUCUGAGAAAAAAAAUCAGUCACCUAAGUGACAUACACAUUCCAUGUGUGACCCUCCAUUUCAUCCCUUGGCUUCCCUAAGAUGCUCUGCUCUUUGACACCUAUCUGAAACAGACCUAAUCCCAAAAUGGUUUAAUGAACAAUAGAUGAGACAAGAAAGAGGCUCAGACCCUCCCUGGUGGCUCAGCAGGUUAGCACUGCAGUAAGAAGC